GCCCCGCCCCGCCGACGGUCACGUGUGCGGAAGGCUCCCUCUCCACGCCCUACACCCCCCGCCGUGCUUGGCGCAUGCUCCAUGGGCGCCCCGCGAUGUGCAGCCGGGGGUCGCGGUGUGAGGUUAAAGGCAAUAGAAGUUGAAAACACCCUCCUGAGAACACCCUCCUCUCUCUGCUCCAAGCUUCCCCACUGCGGUCAGCAUGGCUGGCAGCAUCACGGAUACAGGAGAGCUUUACUCUCCCUAUGUUGGUCUUGUUUACAUGUUCAACCUAAUCGUUGGAACAGGAGCCCUGACCAUGCCGAAGGCCUUUGCGACAGCAGGGUGGCUCGUCAGCCUUGUCCUCCUCAUGUUCCUGGGAUUUAUGAGUUAUAUGACUACAACCUUUGUGGUGGAAGCCAUGGCUGCUGCAAAUGCCCAGCUGCGAUGGAAGAGAAUGGAGAAACGCAAGGAGGAUGAUGAGGAUGAGGAUUCUUCCUCUGGUGUAUCUGACACUGAUGUUCUCCUCCAAGACGGCUACGAGCGAGCAGAGACACGACCUAUCCUGUCAGUUCAGAGACGUGGCUCCCCCAAUAUCUUUGAAAUUACUGAGAGGGUGGAAAUGGGCCAGAUGGCUUCCAUGUUCUUCAACAAAGAGGAGGAGACUGGGAGAGGAAUGUCACUUGGACUUCCCACAGAGAAGCCUGCACUGGAACGGGGAUACAGUGUGUGCUGUGGGUGUCAACCUCUUCUAUUUCUGCAUAAUCAUCUACCUCUAUGGAGACCUGGCAAUCUACGCAGCAGCUGUACCAGUCUCUCUCAUGCAAGUGACCUGCAGUGCCACUGGCAACCAUUCUUGCAGUGUUGGAGAUGGCACAAAGUACAACGAUACAGACAAGUGCUGGGGGCCAAUUCGACGGAUCGAUGCUUACAGACUGUAUCUGGUUCCCCCAGCUUUGCAGUAAGGAUGCAGCAGGACUGGGGCACUAUUAGCAUGUCACCCUGCAUAUCCUGUAAGAAGUUAUUCCUGGUGGCAUUCACUCUCCUCCUGGGUCCUUUCACCUUCUUCAAUGUGCAGAAGACCAAGUACCUUCAAAUCAUGACAUCCCUCAUGAGAUGGAUAGCUUUCAUCCUCAUGAUUAUUCUGGCUCUCAUCCGCAUCAGCAGAGGCCAAGCUGAAGGUCACCCAUCCAUGGCCCAGCUCUCAGGCAUCCGCAAUCUCUUUGGGGUGUGCGUCUACUCCUUCAUGUGCCAGCACUCUCUGCCAUCCCUCAUCACCCCCAUCUCCAAGAAGAAGCAUGUCAACAAGCUCGUGCUGCUCGAUUACAUCCUGAUCCUGGCUUUCUACAGCCUCCUGUCGUUCACUGCCAUCUACUGCUUCCGCAACGACACCCUCAUGGACAUGUACACGCUCAACUUCACCAACUGUGAGAUCAUCAACGUUGCCUUCAUUCGCUACUUCCUGGGCCUCUUCCCAGUCUUCACCAUCAGCACCAACUUCCCCAUCAUCGCAGUGACCCUGCGCAACAACUGGAAGACUCUUUUCCACAGGGAAGGGGGGACCUACCCGUGGCUGGUGGAUAGGAUUGUCUUUCCUGCCAUCACGCUCAUUCCCCCAGUGCUGGUGGCUUUCUGCACCCACGAUCUGGAGUCCUUGGUGGGGAUCACAGGAGCGUAUGCUGGGAAUGGGAUCCAGUACCUCAUCCCGGCUUUCCUCGCGUACUGCAGUCGCAAGGACACGCAGCUGGUCUUUGGCAGUGGGACAGUGAACAAACACCUCUCCCCUUUCCGACACACCUUCUGGAUUGUGUUCGUGCUCAUAUGGGGCUUCUCUUGCUUUGUGUUUGUGACUGCAAACAUUGUCCUGAGCGAGUCCAAACUCUGAUGCGGGGAUAGCAGCACGCUCCCUCCCCAGCUUCAGAGACAUUUCAGCUCCCCCUCUGCAGCUGUGGAAUGGGGGAGAGGCAUCAUGAAGGGAAGUUUCCAGGCUCUGGGCUUGGUGACGAGGAUUAGCCCUGAGCACAGACUCUCUCCACUCCGUUUGGAGUGUGGAUGGAGUGGACUCAGCCUUGUUCUA